AUGCUGCUCCUCUGUUGUCUCUUCAGCACCCUGCCCUGGUAUGUGCCGCUCGGCCUCGCGCCCAACACAACCUACGAGGCGCGUGUCUCCUACCCUGCCACGAACCCGGCGCGGGUCCGCCUGUGGCUGGAGGGGGAGGUACAAGGCUCGGCGCGCAUGCUGCUCGAUGCCGAGCGCAUCAUCUUCAGGAGCGACGCCCGGGGGCGCAUGGUGGGGACUGACCGCAACCCCGGCGCCAUACUCAUGCGGGCGGAGCGCUGGGCGAUGCAUCGUGAUGGCGAGGCCGGCGCGCCCAAGCAGCUGGCGUAUGACAUAGUCAUGGAGCGCAGCGUGCUGGGCGUACCCUCCUCCGCCGGGCCCAUCAUCCUCGUGGCGGCUGCACUGCUUGUGGUCGUGGCCGCGGCCCUGCCCUGGUGGACCCACCGAGCCGUCCCCGCCCUGCUCGACUGGCUGGCGCAGGACGCCCCGACGGCGCGCAGGAGGCUGUGA